UGGUUUUAACCGAUCUCGAACUGCCAGUACAAAGGUUUUAUACAGUCGCAGGCACAUUCAGUGUUUAUCACUGGGGCAUCGGAUCUGUGCAUUUGUGAGCGGAUAUGACCGGAUUCUGAACGAAUACAUAGCGCUCUCUCACUCCAUGUGAGCACAUAGGUGGAGCGGUGAAGAUAUCAACCUUUCUUCAAGUGCAGUAUUUUCCAGAUACGACCAGACAAUCGCAAAGACAGACGGAAAUAAGGCUAUUCAUGAUGGCGGCGAAUAGAAAACGAGGAGGAAGAGAAGAAGACAGGAUGAUGACGUCUGGGCCCAGCGGAGAGAGUGACUCCAUCUGUAGCACGGAUACCAUCCAGUCGGACAAGAUCGUGGAGCCCCCUGACGGCGGCUGGGGAUGGGUGAUCGUUUUCGCCGCCUUCAUGUGUGCCUUCAUCAUAGAUGGCGUGACCAAUUCAUUCGGCGUGUUCUACGUGGAGUUCCUGGACUACUUUCAGGCGGACAAAGCUGUGACGGCACUGGCUGGAUCCUUGAUCUGCGGUUGCUUCCUGACCUUUGGUAUGACAGAUGUACAGCUUGCUCCUGAUUGUACUGCUCAGUCCAUGAUGAUAAUCCUGUCUAGUUUCUUCGCACCCACCCCAUCUCAUUUGUGUCUCAACCCUGAACAGGAUCGCCGACGACAGAUAGAACAGGGUGUAGAGAAGAAAGUAUUGUUUACCAUGGUAAGACUCAAUGUGGAAGUGUGUUGGUUGUCAGCUGACCCCGGCCUGACAACGUUCUUGUCCUCAUCACGUCACUUCCUGUUUACAGGCGCUAUAUCAAGUCCCUUGGUUUCUCGCUUCGGUUGUCGGUCGGUGGCAUUCGUCGGGGGCAUUGUUACAUCAGUGUCCCUUGUUCUCUGCAGCUUCAGCCCAAACAUCGAGAGCUUCCUUUUUACAUACGGCUGUCUAGCAGGUGUAGGGUUGGGUCUGGUUUACGUGCCUUCCAUGCUUAUUGUGAACUUCUACUUCGACAAGAAGCGUGGGAUUGCCUCUGGUAUAGUCACUUCCGGUGCAGGAGUCGGUGUGGUGGCCAUGGCAAAGUUGUCGCAGUGUCUGCUCAAAGAAUAUGGUUGGAAAGGCGCGCAUAUGAUUAUUGCUGGCGUCGCCUUAAACUUGUGCGUGUGUGCCUGUCUGUUUCAACCGCUGCGUGUGAAGCGACGGGUGCUGGAGGCUGAGGAAGAGUGGGACGCCGGAGUGGAAGAGGUGGUCGCAAUGGACACUGCCACAGGCAAGCUCCCGACCCCCAUACUGCCAGUAACCCCAGCCUGGUCCCCUGUGCCGCAUCCACGCUCGCACGUCAUCAAUAACUGCGUGUACAACAGUCGCUACAUGUCCUUACCGAUGGUGGAAGGAGAGAAUAAGAGUCAUUACUAUUCAACGUUCCGCUCUAAGCCUGCUCUGAUUCCUUACAUGGCGACAGUCCGAGGCACAGCAGCGUCGAGGAGCACGGAAUUUGUGAAUCAUACUAAAGGUUCAGACACCAACCCAGCCCGACCGUAUACCAGUAUGUUCACUGUCAGCACGACCCCUUCCUCAGAGGCUAGGUCAUCCUCCAAGCAACAGACGAAGAUGGUCACGAUGAGCCCUCUAGUGCGCAAAGACAUCUUCUUCAGUGGCAGUGUGAUGUCUCUAGAACAGUUUAAAUCCCAGCCAGAUAUGAAACAUUAUAUCGCCAGUAUCAUGGUAGAGGAGGAAGAGAGCUCACUAUCAUCGAAUCAAGGGUCCAAGAUGGUGUGCGGAUCAAACUGCUCAAACUUCGACUUAUCUUUUUUUAAAUCCAUGACAUUCAACAUUUUCUGUGUGUCGUCGAUGUUGAUCCAAAUUGCUGGCUUCAUCCCUGCUUUUUAUUUGGGGAAUUACGCUCAGUCGCUAGGACUGGAUGCCAGCAACGUCUCCACAUUCCUUACAUGCAUAGGUUUUUCUUGUAUCAUCGGUCGUCUGUUAAGCGGAGCGUUGGCCUCCUGGAAACCCCAUCAGUGUUUGAACAUCAUGGCCGUCAGUCUAACGCUUACCGGCGUAGUCUGUGCUCUAUACUCAGUCUGUAAGACUGUCCUUCAUAUCUGUGUCACUUCAUCCCUAUUCGGCUUCUUAAUAGGUUUCUUCCCACCAGUUCAGCCGAUGCUUUUGGUUCGGUACCUAGGACUGGAGAAGCUCUCAGCAUCAUUUGGUCUCUCCACGGGCCUCAAGGGCUUGGCAACCAUGGUUGGUCCUCCUCUUGCAGGUGUCCUUUUGGAAUCUACGGGUACGUACAUCGCGCCAUUUUGUUUUGGUGGCGCGUGUUUGUCCAUAGCCGGCUUUUUACAUUGGGUAGUCCCUUUUGUGGAUGAUAGGGACGGCGACUGUAAGCUCCCGAUGGAGCUGGAUGUCGUUAGUUGUGACAGUGGUAGCCAAACAGGGGAGAGCCUGGUGGAGAGCGAGGACGAGGCGAGCGGAAAUACCUGCCAAGUGAAGAUGCAUCCGUCUGUAUAAGUGUAUGACCAGAAUAAGAUGACACCCAAACACUGGGCCAAUUUAGGGUCAGGCUCCUUGUAAGGCGCCAUUAAAGAGUCAUUCUAUCAUCAGCGUCAACAAACAUUUACGGAAGAGCAACGCAAAAACGUCUUUUGGCUUUCCAGAUUCACUGGUGUGUUUUCUAUGCACAACAACGAAUGUUACCAAAGAUACCUGAGCACAAAUUAAAAGGUCAAUCCAACUAAAAAUUAGACUUCCAGGACCCGUUGUGGCUCAUAACUCACAGAUGAUUUUCUUCAGUAAGAUGGGUGAAGUAUUCUCUUGCGGUGUUUACAUUCCCCAAUCAUUCAAUCAAAGUCUAUGCUUCGAUCCCAUAUAGCCUCUUGGUGAUUGCAGUACCGUGCGUCUUCCCAUAUGUCACACCAUAUGUCACGAACGAAAAACUUCAUUUCCACAGUGAAGUGAACUUUAAUUAUGUACUUGUAUAUACUUCUGCUUACACUUCACUGAAUAAUAAUAUAUAUUUUGUAAUGAAAUCUCCGCAUCAAAAAUACAUCCAUUUACCGAUACUUUUGGCGCACUAGGUACGUGAUACAAUAUCAAUGAAAAACAUACUUACCUAUCGUUGCUUUACUUAACUUUAAUUCCUUUGCUUUCAGGGUAUAAGGCCUAUCAGAAUCUCUAAACUUAUCAGUGGCUGACUAUGUAUUAUUUACAUAGCAUUUGUAGAAAUAAUAUUCGAUCCGAAUCUCCAAUUGUUCAUUUAUAAAUGUCUAAACAUUUAAUUUUACAUGUGGUGGGAGAUCUCCUUUGUUUAUUAGGUUGGAUUGUAAAGCUUACGGGUUUGAAACUGAAUCAAAUUGGGUAUCUAUGGUUCCUCUUAGAGAUCUGUUUACGCAUUUGUGCUGGUCAACAACGUAACCCAUAACACGGCACUGGCGGAAACGACUAGCUGGUUUUUGGGGUGUUCUAUCUUGUACUUUGUAUUCGUUACGUUUGUUUUAUUUUCAAUAUAUUCAUGAAAAUCUGUACGUGUUGCUCGCGUGCGCGCGUUUCCUUCAUAUUUGGCCCGGUAAUUAGCGACUGUUAUAGACGUUUGCAAUCUGAGUGAGUUUCCGCCAGUAGUAACAACUGGGUUUCAUGUGUAUGUUUGCAAUUCAAUGUUUUUCUCCGCUACCAAACUUGUAUCUGGGACUAGCCAUUUGUUUUGGGUUGAAUUCCUGACUUGAAUAUACAAAAUAUUUUUUUGAAAUGUAUACCUUUUGGUGUUAUAUUUGUUGCGGACAUGUUUUAAGGUCCUGUUUGCUGUUUAUUGUUUUUAGUACUCCCGGUGGGUAAUGUACUAUUAGUGUAAGCAUUCAUAUUGAAUGUUCGUGCAUCAUGGAGCAUAUGAUCCUGCAUGACGUUGUCAUCGCUUUCUACGAUGGUUGCGAUAUGCUGGAUAUUAUAUGCGAUGAGAUCUCAUGCAUAAUAACCCCUUCUCACAAUAUUGCCAUGACCCCUCACAAUAUUGCCAUGUCUUAUAUACUGUGUUGUUUGGGUGCAUAGCAUACCAUUUUUCUCCUCAGUUAAUUCCAAUCACGUUUUAGGCACAUCAAUCAAAUGAUUCCUUGAUGUUAUCCAUGAACAAAAACAAUGAAAAUUUUACAUUUGUAAAUGUUUAAGGAUUGUCUCAACACCGGGACUUGUUUUAUUCUGUCAUAGUGCUGACCUCUGUGAGACUUUAUACUGUCCUGUUACGCUGGUCACGAGAUAGCUCCAAGUGCGUAAAUGUGCACAUACAUGUAUAUUGAUUGUCUCAAGAAGGGUUUGUAUUAUUUCGUCACAGUGCUGGACCCAGUGGAACAAACAAAGAAUAAACA